AUGGCGCACAGCGGUCGGUGGCGCUUCCCGGCCCGGCCGGGCACUGGCGCCUGGGGCCGCCGCGGGCUGGGCGGCUGCCGCGUCCGGGUGCCGGCCCUGCGCAGCCCGCGCCCCGACCCGCCCGACCCGCGCCCCAGGGAGCGCCCGCCCGGCGGAGGCGGCGGAGGGGCGGCGGCGGCGGCGGCGGGAAGCGGCGGGGGCGGGGCGGGCGGGCCCUGCGCGCCGCUCCCCCCCGCGGCCCCCCCGCCCGGCGCCGCCCCCGCCCCCGCCCCCGCCCCGGCCGGCGUGGCGCCCGGCUUCGACGCGGCGCUCCAGGUCUCGGCCGCCAUCGGCAUCAACCUGCGCCGGUUCCGGGCGGCCUGCGGCGCCGAGGCCGGCAGCGGAGAGGAUGAACAGUUCCUAGGCUUCGGCUCAGACGAUGAGGCUAAAGGACGAAGUCCGACCAAAUCUCCCGCAGUCAAGUCUAGCACACGGAAACCACGUGGGAGGCCCAGAAACAGCUUAGACCGAAGCUCAGCCAUGCUUUCCGAGUCCUCCCUAGUGUAUUCAAGCAAACCAGAACAACUUACAUCCAUGGAAAAAGUGAAGAAGAAAGAAUUGAAAAGUGGAGAAAAGAGACGAGGGAGGCCUCCUGCGCUUGCCAGUGUGAAGUUCAAAAUCACCCACAUGAAGGGCACUCCAGAUGCCCAGAAAGAAGGCAAGGAAGAAAAAGAGAAUCUGAAGAAAGUAAAGCGGACGCCAUCCACAGCCUUUCAGCAUGCAACAAAAAUCAAGAAGCUGAGAGCAGGAAAACUCUCCCCGCUGAAGUCUAAGUUCAAAUCUGGGAAACUCCAGAUGGGAAGAAAAGGCGUGCCGCUCGUGCGUCGGAGAGGAAGGCCACCGUCUUCCGAUCGCUUAAAUGCUGCUCUGGCAACUGCUGAGAGUUCUCAGCUGGAGAAAGCCCAGAGGAUAAGAAAGGAGAGAGAGGGCGCGACACUGCUCCCCAAAGCAGGAAAGCCUGCAGUCAGGCAGAGCCCACGCAGGAUGAAGCCGGUGAGGAUAAUUCCUUCCUCCAAGAGAACAGACGCCACCAUUGCUAAGCAGCUCUUGCAGAAGGCUAAAAAGGGGGCCCAGAAGAAGAUUGAGAAGGAAGCAGCAAAGCUGCAGGGUCGGAAGACAAGAACUCCGCUGAAAAAUAUCCGGCAGUUCAUCAUGCCAGUGGUGAGUGCCAUCUCUUCCCGGAUCAUUAAAACUCCCAAGCGCUUCAUUGAAGAUGAGGACUAUGACCCGCCAAUCAAAAUAGCCCGCUUGGAGUCUACACCAAACAGCCGGUUCAGUGCUACCUCCUGUGGGUCCAGCGAGAAAUCUAGCGGUGCCUCUCAUCACUCCUCGCAAAUGUCUUCAGAUUCCUCCCGGUCCAGCAGUCCCAGUGUUGAUACGUCCACUGAUUCUCAGGCCUCUGAAGAGAUGCAAGCACUCUCUGAAGAGUGCAGCAAUACUCCUGAGGAUCCCGCUUCAUUGCCCAUCUCCCAGUCCCCUGAGGACGAGAGUGGCGAGAGGAGGAGGAGGAGGAGGAGGAGGUUCUCAAUGGCCGAGAGAAGUUUUGGGCCCAAAGCAGCUGAAAAACUGCCCAGUCUCCAGAGCGUGUCCCAGCAGCAGUCCUCUUCUGCCUCUCCACCCCCACCGCUCCUUACCCCACCCCCUCCCCUUCAGCCAGCUGCCGGCCUCUCUGACCAUGCCCCUUGGCUGAUGCCCCCCACCAUUCCUUUGGCUUCGCCCUUUUUGCCCACCUCUGCUGCCCCCAUGCAAGAGAAACGGAAGUCCAUUCUUCGAGAGCCGACGUUCCGGUGGACCUCUUUAAAGCAUUCUAGGUCUGAACCUCAGUACUUUUCCUCAGCAAAAUACGCCAAAGAGGGUCUCAUCCGCAAACCCGUAUUUGAUAACUUCAGGCCUCCCCCGCUGACCCCUGAGGACGUUGGCUUUGCCUCUGGUUUCACGGCGCCAGGGGCCCCAGCUCCAGCACGCCUGUUUUCUCCUCUGCACUCUGGAACAAGGUUUGACGUGCACAAGAGGAGCCCUCUGCUGCGAGCUCCAAGGUUCACCCCAAGCGAGGCCCACUCCCGAAUCUUCGAGUCCGUGACUUUACCGCCGUCUGUUAGUCGAGCUGCCGGAGGAGCUGCUGCGACAUCCGUCUCUCUGAGGAAACGGAGGAGGAGGGUGUUCAGCCCCAUUCGGCCUGAACCCAGGUCUCCGUCGCACUCCAUGAGGACCCGAAGUGGAAGGCUUAGUACCUCUGAACUGUCUGCUCUCCCACCCCCCUCAUCGGUUUCUUCUUCACUUACAAGCAUUUCUGUAGGUUCCUUGACCACCAGUGCCUUAAACACAAGUUUCACUUUUCCUUCCCAUUCCCUUUCCCAGCCUGGGGAAUCGACAGAGAAAAGUCAGAGAUCGAGGAAGCAGCCGGGUGUUCCAGCUGAGCCCUUUUCGUCCAGCGGUCCUGCUCCCCUCUUUCCAUGGUUCACGCAGACUGAGAGGAGCAAGAACAAAGACAAAGUCUCUGAGGAAGCAUCCAAAGACAAAGAAAGCGACAGAAGUGUUGAGAAGGAGAAGAGCAGAGACAGAGGGAGGGAGAAAGAAAACAAACGCGAGUCACGGAAAGAGAAAAGGAAGAAGGCUCCUGAAAUCCAGAGCAGCGCCGCUUUGUUCCCGGUGGCUCGAGUUUCCAAAGGGAGAGUGGUUGUCAGUGAAGACCCUGCCAUUUCCUCACCUGCCAAAAAACCUGUGGGACGAAAGAAAUCGACAGCUGCUGACCCAGUGGCUGAUAUGCCUGCUGUGGUUCUGGUGGACACAGCAACAGCCAUCAAAACCAAAAUGGCCAAGAGAGGCCGUGGAGGGUUAGAGAAAUCCAGCCUGGACCUCGGCCUUGCAGCCCCUUCUGUAGAAAAGCAGGAAGCACUGAGGCUGCCUGCGGCUUCCUCCAUCAGCUCGAUGUUGGCCCAUGCAGACAAGCUUCCGAUGACUGACAAGAGAGUAGCCAGCCUCCUCAAGAAAGCAAAAGCUCAGCUGUACAAGAUCGAGAAGAGCAAGUCCCUCAAGCAGGUUGAUCAGCCCAAAGGACAGGGCCAAGAGAGUGAUUCUUCAGAGGCUUCAGUGCGGGGACCACGCAUCAAGCAUGUUUGCAGGAGAGCAGCUGUUGCACUAGGCCGCAAGCGAGCAGUCUUUCCAGAUGACAUGCCCACUCUGAGUGCCUUACCGUGGGAAGAAAGGGAGAAGAUACUGUCUUCCAUGGGGAACGAUGACAAGUCCUCCAUCGCUGGUUCAGAAGAAGCCGAGCCCCCGGUGCCACCCAUCAAGCCCAUCAAGCCCGUGACCAGGCACAAGCCCCCUCCAGAACCGCCUGUAAAGAAAGGCCGGCGUUCAAGGCGCUGUGGGCAGUGCCCAGGAUGCCAGGUGCCAGAGGACUGCGGUGUCUGUACCAAUUGCCUCGAUAAGCCGAAGUUUGGGGGGCGCAACAUAAAAAAGCAGUGCUGCAAGAUGAGGAAAUGCCAGAAUUUACAGUGGAUGCCGUCCAAAGCCUAUCUCCAGAAGCAAGCCAAAGCUGUGAAAAAGAAAGAGAAGAAAUCCAAGUCCAGUGAAAAGAAGGAGAAUCAUGCAGGGAAGAGCCAGCCUGACUCUGGGCCGAAAGCGGCUCCUCCGCCCGUCCUGCCAAGAGGGGACCCUCCUGCAAAGAAACCCAGUGAGGAGAAGAGGGAGGAGGGGGUGCCCCCAGCCCCUCCAGACAGCAAGCAGGCCGCUCCACCUGCCACCAGGAAAACUGGCAAGCAGGCACCCCUCCCUGUGCUGGUGCCCUCCCCCCCACCGCCUAGUUCAGGCCCACCAAGAAAGGAAGCCCCUAAAACCCUCCUUGCUGAACCCAAGAAGAAGCUCACCCUGCCUCCAGAGGCAGGUGUAGAGCAAAGCAAACAAAAGAAAAUUUCUCCGCGCCCUAGCCUGCCAGUGAAGCAGAAGCCAAAAGAAAAGGAAAAGCCCCCUCCAGUCAGCAAGCCAGAAAAUAGCCUGCUCAACUUGCUAAGCCCUCUGUCGAAUGGUGGCAGUUCCAAGCAGAAGCCUCUGGCAGAUGGAAUUCACAGGAUCCGAGUGGACUUCAAGGAGGACUGUGAAUCUGAGAACGUUUGGGAAAUGGGCGGUUUGGGUAUUCUGACCUCGAUGCCAAUAACUCCUAGAGUGGUCUGCUUUCUCUGUGCCAGCAGUGGGCAUGUGGAGUUUGUGUAUUGCCAAGUGUGUUGUGAACCCUUCCACAAAUUCUGCUUAGAGGAGAGUGAGCGCCCUCUGGAGGACCAGUUGGAGAACUGGUGCUGCCGACGCUGCAAAUUCUGCCACGUGUGUGGGAGGCAGCAUCAGGCCACCAAGCAGUUGCUGGAGUGUAACAAGUGCCGAAACAGCUUCCACCCAGAGUGCCUGGGACCGAACUACCCGACAAAGCCCACCAAGAAGAAGAAGGUUUGGAUCUGCACCAAAUGCGUUCGAUGCAAGAGCUGCGGGGCAACAACUCCAGGCAAAGGGUGGGAUGCCCAGUGGUCUCACGACUUCUCUCUGUGUCAUGAUUGUGCCAAGCUCUUCGCAAAAGGGAACUUCUGCCCGCUUUGCGACAAGUGCUAUGACGAUGAUGACUAUGAGAGCAAGAUGAUGCAGUGUGGGAAAUGUGACCACUGGGUCCACUCCAAGUGUGAAAACCUCUCAGAUGAGAUGUAUGAGAUCCUCUCCAGUCUUCCAGAGAGCGUAGCUUACACAUGCAUCAGUUGCACAGAGCAGCACCCUGCUGAGUGGCGCCUGGCGCUGGAGAAUGAGCUGCAGCUUUCUUUGAAGCAGGUUGUGACCGCCCUGCUCAGUUCCCGGACAACCAGCCACUUGCUGCGCUACAGACAGGCAGCCAAGCCGCCUGACCUAAAUCCUGAGACCGAGGAGAGCAUUCCGUCCCGGACCUCUCCAGAAGGGCCGGACCCUCCUGUACUGACAGAGGUCAGCAAGCAGGAGGAAGCGCAGCCGCUGGACCUGGAAGGAGUGAAGAGGAAGAUGGACCAAGGAGGCUAUGCUUCUGUGCUGGAGCUGAGUGAUGAUAUUGUGAAGAUCAUUCAAGCAGCCAUCAAUGCCGACGGAGGGCAGCCGGAACUGAAGAAGGCCAAUAGCGUGGUGAAGUCCUUCUUUGUCCGGCAAAUGGAACGGGUAUUUCCAUGGUUCAGUGUCAAGAAAUCAAGAUUUUGGGAACCUAAUAAAGUCACAACCAAUAGUGGAAUGCUGCCAAAUGCGGUCCUGCCCCCCUCCCUCGACCAUAACUAUGCUCAGUGGCAGGAACGUGAAGAAAACAGUUGUGCUCAGCAGCCCCCUCUGAUGAAGAAAAUAAUUCCCGCUCCCAAACCCAAAGGGCCUGGAGAACCAGACUCCCCGACGCCGCCAGUUCCCCAGACGGCACCCCUGUCCAGUUCUGAUAGCAGCAGAGAGGACAGCCCUGACCUGCCCCCGCCUCCAGAUGUGGAAGACAACCGGCAGUGUGCCCUUUGCUUGAAAUAUGGCGACGACGGGGCAAAUGAUGCUGGCCGUCUUCUGUACAUCGGCCAGAACGAGUGGACGCACGUGAACUGUGCCCUGUGGUCAGCUGAGGUGUUUGAAGAUGAUGAUGGCUCUCUGAAGAACGUGCAUGUGGCAGUGAUCCGAGGGAAGCAGCUGAGGUGUGAGUUCUGCCUGAAGUCUGGGGCCACGGUGGGCUGCUGCCUGGCCUCCUGCACGAGCAACUACCACUUCAUGUGCUCUCGGGCCAAAAACUGUGUCUUCCUGGAGGACAAGAAAGUGUACUGCCAGCGCCAUCGAGAUCUGAUCCAAGGAGAGGUGGUACCGGAGAAUGGUUUUGAGGUCUUGAGGAGAGUCUUCGUGGAUUUUGAAGGGAUUAGUUUGAGGCGAAAAUUUCUCAGUGGCCUGGAACCAGAGAAUAUCCAUAUGAUGAUUGGGUCCAUGACUAUCGACUGCCUUGGAAUUCUGAAUGACCUUUCUGAUUGUGAAGACAAACUGUUCCCAAUUGGCUACCAGUGUUCUCGAGUGUACUGGAGCACAACAGAUGCUAGGAAGCGCUGUGUGUACACAUGCAAGAUUGUGGAGUGCCGCCCUCCCAUCUCAGAGCCAGAUAUCAAUAGCACUGUAGACCACGAUGACAACAGAACCAUCGCUCAUAGCCCGAUGCCGUCUCCUGAAAUCCUAGCAAAAGAAGCCCAUGCAGCCUCUGCAGCUGCCAGCCCUCCAUCUUCAGACCUUUCUACACGUUUGCAGAACUACAAGGCUCUGCGGAUCAGAAGACCGAGUUUUGCCCCUGUCCAGCGGUCCCCUGGCUCAAGGCCGUUGCCCUCUGCAGGGAGUCCCACCCCCGUGACUCACGAGAUCGUGACUGUGGGAGACCCGUUGCUGUCAUCUGGACUUCGAAGCAUUGGCUCCAGGAGGCACGGAGGGUCUCCUCUGUUCCCUCAGCAGUUCCGAUCAUGGAUGCUGUCCGCCAGCAGAGUGCAGGCCACUCACUCCAGGCCCAGCCUGCCUCCAGGACCCAGCACGGGCCCCUCCCAAGGGCACGAUUGGAGCGUGCAGCCGGCAGGACAGGCAGGGGGCCCAGCAGCCUCCCGGGUUGCUCUUCAGAGCAGCUCUGUUCCCCCCACUGCUCAGACGUUGCCAGUUCACAGUGGGAGCAAAGGCCCUUCCCUGGGGGGAUCACUGUCCUUGGCAGCAGUGCCCCCGGGAGGGACCAGCCCUGCAAGCGCAGAGAAAGCCAAGCUUUUGAGUUCCAAAGACACCAGUGCUGCUUCGCCUGGACAUUGCAAAGCAAGCGCUCAGGGGGCAGGCCCGGCUGGCCUAGAGCCAAGCUCCAGCAGAGCAGCAGGGCAGCUUCCAGAGCCCCCGCCUGGGUGGUUUUCCUCCAGAGGCUCCGUGGCUUUUCCACCAAUACAUCCGAGAGUCCCAAAGAAGGAGCAGGACCAGCAGAUGGACCCAGACCAGGCCUGCGCUUCAGAGGAUGCCGAGGGGAAGGCUUCUGGCGGGAGUAACAAGCCACCUCUGGCCAGGGAGCCCUUUCCCUCUGGGAGCAGCAGAGAGAGGAGACAGAAAGGGAAAAAAGGAGCUAAAGAGAGGCAUUCCAGCAAGUUUUUGACAAAUUCAAAUCUCCUCCCAGCUGGCAAUGAAGAAAGUGCGGAGCCAGAAUGUCUUGAUCAAGCACCUGAGCCCUGUCACAGCGUUGCUGCCGAGAAGACUGCAGAGAGCCACUCGCUUGCUCAGAGGGCACCCAAGGCUCCUCUCCAUGGUGAACUGACCCCCACUAAGGACUUGCAGGCCUCCCAGAAGCGCACAGUGAAAGUCACUCUGACUCCCCUCAAGAUGGAAGGGGAGAGCCCCUCCAGAAACGUCCCGAGGGAGAGUGAUGCAGGUGCUGUGUCCCAGGACUGCAGACCAGCUUCUGUGCCUCAGCCCGCUUCGAGAGCUGUCCCUGAGGCCCAGGGUGGACCCAGUGAGAGUUCCGCUCCAGAGGCCCAGAGUGAUGCCUACCAGAGUCUUCCUGGCCCAGACAGCCGCUUGAUACUCCAGGAUGGAACGAAAGCCCAGGAAGAUGGAGCCUACAAGCGGCGCUACCCCCGACGCAGUGCCCGGGCCAGAUCCAACAUGUUCUUUGGGCUGACUCCCCUGUACGGCGUGAGGUCUUAUGGUGAAGAAGAUAUUCCCUUUUUCAGCAAUUCGACUGGGAAAAAGCGGGGGAAGAGAUCUGCUGAAGGGCAAGUAGAUGGUGCAGACGAUGUCAGUACAUCGGAUGAGGACGACCUCUAUUACUAUAACUUUGCCAGGACUGUGGUGUCCAGUGCAGAAGAGCACCUGGUCUCCCACAACUUAUUCCCAGAAGAGGAGCCGUGUGGCCUUCCCAAAAUCUCUCAGCUUGAUGGUGUGGAUGAUGGAUCAGAAAGCGACACAAGCAUCACCGUGACGACAAGGAAAGUAAACCCAGUGACCAAAAGGAGUGGGAAAGAGAAUGGGACAGAAAGCUUGAAACUCGACAGGAGUGAAGAAAGUGGGGGGAAAGCUCACAUGGCCAAGAUCUCAGCUGGCCACAAGAGUGCUGACUCGAAGAUCGAGAACUGCCGGGUCAAAACUCAGAGUCAGGAUUCUCUGGAAGCUCAGCUGAGCUCCCUGGAGGCGGGUCGCCGGCCUCGUGCCAGCACGCCUUCCGAUAAGAACCUGUUGGAUACCUUUAACACGGAGCUCCUCAAAUCUGACUCUGAUAACAACAAUAGUGAUGACUGUGGGAACAUACUCCCUUCAGACAUCAUGGACUUUGUACUGAAAAACACCCCCUCGAUGCAGGCACUGGGGGAGAGCCCAGAGUCUUCCUCCUCUGAACUCCUGACUCUGGGAGACGGGCUGGGCCUUGACAGCAAUCGGGGCAAGGAUAUGGGCCUCUUUGAAGUGUUUUCUCAGCAGCUGCCAACAGCUGAACCGGUAGACAGUAGUGUUUCUUCAUCGAUAUCAGCAGAAGAGCAGUUUGAACUGCCUCUAGAACUUCCUUCUGACCUGUCCGUCUUAACAACUCGAAGCCCUGCAGUGCCCAGCCAGAAUCAUAGCAGGCUUGCUGUGAUUUCAGAAUCGUCGCUCUCCUCCUCUGGGGAGAGGUCUAUGUUAGCUUUGUCUGCAACAGAGUCUGCAGAAAAGCGAGUGGCGGUCGCCGAGAAGCCUGCCUCUGGGGAAGGGGAGCCAACUCUGUUAAGCCCCAGCGUGGACCCGAGCCCUGAAGGACACAUGACCCCUGAUCCCUUUCUUCAGGGCCACAUGGAAGCAGAUCAUAUUGCCAGUCCCCCAUGCGGACAGGUGGAGCAAAGCCAUGGAACCAACCAAGACUUGACUAGGAACAGUGGAACUCCUCUCCAGGUACCGGCAUCUCCUACCCUUCCUCUGCAGAACCCCAAGUACGGUCCAGACUCCACAGAGAACCCACGUCCCUCUCAGAUCUCUAACGCUGCUGUGCAGACUGCCUCCCACCACCUCAAGGCAGCUGCCGAAAAACUUCUUGUGGUUAACCAGAACAUGCAGCCACUGUAUGUCUUACAGACUCUUCCCAACGGGGUUACGCAAAAGAUACAGCUGACGUCCUCAGUCAACUCUGCACAGGGUGUGAUGGAGGCCAGCUCCCCUGUGCUGGGGUCCAUGGGGCCUGGGCUGGCGUUGGCCGCAGGCUUGAAUCCAAACUUGCCCUCAUCCCAGCCUCUCUUCCCACCAGCCAGCAAAGGGCUGCUGCCUAUGCCGCAUCACCAGCACUUGCAUUCCUUUUCCGCAGCCCCGCCGAGUGGCUUCCCUGCGGCCCUUGGCAGCUCUGCCUCAGGCCUUCUGAUGGGUGUCCAGCAGCCGCCUGAGCCAGAAGCCACUCAGAGGACAGACAUUGGGCCUGCAGCUCCCACACCCCCUUCUGGCCUUGUCAAGAAAAGGCCAAUCGCUCGUCUGCAGUCACGAAAGACCAAGAAGCUAGCCCCUUCUGCCGCCGCCUCUUCUGACAUGGUCUCAAAUAUGACAUUAAUUAACUUCCCUCCAUCCCAGCUCCCCAGCCCUACAAGCCUGUUAGAUCUGGGAGCAGUUGGUAACUCUGCAUCCCACAGAACCCUCCCCAAUAUAAUCAAGCGUACAAAGUCUGGGGUUAUGUACUUUGAGCAGGCAUCUCUGUUGAACCAGUCUGUCGGAACAGCAGCAGCUGGGGUUGGAACGCCCCCUAACGUGGCCGGAGCAGAGUCAGGCCACGUUGCAACUGGGCCAGCAUCCAGCCUUAGCGCCACUCCAUCUGUGCUGAACGUGGUGUCUAUGCAGACUUCAGCAGUGCCUUCCACUGGCCCAUCAGUCCCUGGGCAUGUGCUAGGACGUGGGUCAGUGGCACUGAGUAGCCCUGGACUGCAAGGAGUCUCUGACAUUGGCUCGCUCGGCAGCCUGUUAAUCAAAACCACUCAACAGGGCCUGGGCCUUCCAGAGCAGCAUGCAGGUGUGCCGCCAUCUGGCUCGGGUAUGUUUUCACAGCUUGGCACCACAUCUGCAAGGACAGCAGCACCUGGUGUCUGUGUCUUGCCUUCUGCACAGACUGUGAGCAUGACCGCUGACCCUGAAGGCUCUUACCAGCCUGUGACACCAGGACCUGGCAGCAAAGCUGGGACUGUCCCCUCUAAGGGGGACCUUGCUCCUUCCCAGCUCUCUCCACUCUCAAGCUUCCCCAAAUUGGUCGAUGUUGCAAAUACUACAGCUCUAGAGCAAAGCAAACCUUCCCUCCUCGUCACCCAUUCGCACUCAGUUCCAGGGAGCUCCCCACCCAUUGACCAGCCAGCCCCCGGUGGCCCUUCGCCAGGAUCUCUGAAAGCAAAACUCAAAGUUAAAAGGCUUCAGUCCUCAAUAGACAGCAAAUCACCUGGAAAGAAGCACAAAACCUCUCACCUUUGGACGAGUUCGCCUGAGAAGCACGUUCCCCACCGAGGCACCAGUGCAGCAGCCCAGGAGUUGUGCGUUGGGCAAACGGCAUCUCUUCCAGAAUCCCAGCUGGCGCAGAAUGUUGCCUGCAGGCCAGAAAGUACAGACUCCAAAGCUGCUGAGGAAGAGGAGGAGGAAGAGGAGGAAGAGGGCCUUUUUAGCUCUCCUCUCAUCUUUUGGCUUCAGCAGGAGCGGAAGAGGAAGGAGAGCCUCUCUGAGAGGAAGCCGAAGAAAGGGCUGGUUUUUGAGAUCUCGAGUGAUGACGGCUUUCAGAUCUGCUCAGAGAGUAUUGAAGAUGCCUGGAAGUCUUUGACUGACAAAGUCCAGGAGGCCCGUUCCAAUGCUCGCCUGAAGCAGCUUUCUUUCUCAGGGGUGAGCGGCCUCAGAAUGCUGGGAGUCCUCCACGAUGCUGUGGUUUUCCUGAUAGAACAGCUCUCUGGAGCAAAGCACUGCCGCAACUACAAGUUCAGGUUCCACAAGCCGGAGGAAGCGAAGGAGCCUCCAGUGAACCCACAUGGCUGUGCCAGGGCAGAAGUGCACCGAAGGCAAUCUGCCUUCGACAUGUUCAAUUUCCUGGCUUCCAAGCACCGCCAGCCACCAGAGUACAACCCCAAUGAUGAAGAGGAGGAGGAAGUGCAGCUGAAGUCUGCCCGGAGGGCCACCAGCAUGGACCUUCCUAUGCCCAUGCGGUUCCGGCACUUGAAGAAGACCUCCAAGGAGGCCGUGGGUGUCUACAGGUCCCCCAUCCAUGGCCGGGGCUUGUUCUGCAAACGGAACAUCGAUGCAGGAGAGAUGGUCAUCGAAUAUGCAGGCAACGUGAUCCGCUCCAUCCUGACUGACAAGCGCGAGAAGUACUAUGACGGCAAGGGCAUCGGCUGCUACAUGUUCCGUAUUGAUGACGCAGAGGUGGUAGACGCCACCAUGCACGGGAACGCGGCCCGCUUCAUCAACCACUCGUGUGAGCCCAACUGCUAUUCUCGAGUCAUCAACAUUGACGGGCAGAAGCACAUCGUCAUCUUCGCCAUGCGCAAGAUCUACCGCGGAGAGGAGCUCACCUAUGACUACAAGUUCCCCAUUGAGGACGCCAGCAACAAGCUGCCCUGCAACUGUGGCGCCAAGAAAUGCCGCAGGUUCCUCAACUGAAGGACCGUGGUCUGCUGUGGUCAUGGGGCUGGGGCUCACUGUGCCCGCAAGCCUGGCAAGUGGGGCUGGGGCAUCCUUCCGAGGUUGGGGCGGGGAGUGGGAUACAAGUGGGUUGUGAUGGGCCAGAGGCAGCACCUCUGUGCAGGGUCUUGGCAAGGGUGUGAAUUCAGCUUUCCCGGGAUGCAGAGCCACGCGCCCUCGAGCGCCACGGAUUCCCUUCCAGCGCUGCUUGGCUCUUCUCCUGAAACAGCUGGGGGGCGGGGGCUGAUCUUCAGUUUUAGCUUUGGUGGGCAUGUUUGUGGUUUUACCACAGAAUGACAUCUGUGUUUGACCAAACACGCCUAAGGAGGAAGUGCUAAGGAAGGUUCCAGUUGGUGUGCCUGAGUCCUUGGUGGAAGAGGUGCUGCUAGCCAGUCUUGCUCCCAGCCCCCAGGCUUCCUGCCCCCAAAGCAGGGUGGAGAGCCUGCAGGGAGGCAGUGUUCGGCCCCGGCCUUGAGCGUGCCCAGGAGUGGGUGUGGGAGCUCCAGUCGGGGGGUUCUGCUUGGCAAGCCAGAGAGCCCUGCCUUGAGCAUGCCCAGGGGAUGGACUCAGGCGGUCUCUGGGCUUUCUUCCGGGUGGGGGUCCCAGUGGGCAGCUGCAGCCUGUGAUCAGGAGGCCCGGUUGGGAUGGGGCCCGGGGUGGGGGCUUUCCAUCCCUUUUAAAGCAGGUCUGAGCAGCCCCCGUCUCCUUUCAGACUCUUCAGUUACCACCUCUUGAAUCUCAUCAUUGGAUUUUACUUGUUUCUGUUUACAGUUUUAGUAUUUAAAGUUUUGUAAAUGUAAAUAAUUUUGUAUAUUUUUCUAUGAGAAGCACUUCAUAGGGAAGAGCACUUAUGAGACUAUUUUUUCAACUGUGGUGUCAUCCUAAUUUAAAAGAAUCUGUAUUUGAUUUUAGUGGGAAGUUGCUGGCCAGGAGCGCAGUUGGAUCCUUUCUGUACGGGGGGGGUGGGGGUGGGGGUGGGGGUGGGGGGGGAUGAGGGUCCAGCAGCUCCCUCUUCUCCAGAAUCUGUGGCUGGGCCUUGAUUGAUUCUGUCUUAUGAAAAGUGGUGAGAGAAAAGAUUCCCAGCAGCCCUCGGUGGAGCUUGGAAGCCUGGGGCUGGCGCCUGCUCCCCCCCGCCCCCCCCCCCGGUAGCUCCCCCUGGCUGGGAUUCCUUCUGCCGUUUCUGCCUCUUCUUGCCUGGGGAAGUAUCCGGUUUCCCACCAGGCACAGUGUGGGUAGCCUAGCGUUUCCGGGCUGCUGCAUCUCCUCCCGCCAGGGCAAAGACCAGGGCGGAUUUCUUCUGCUGCCAGUGAAGCCGCCGGGCUGGAGCUGAGCCGGGGAGCCUCCUGGGCCAGGCUUCUUCCAGGCCUCUAAGCACACUCCCCGCCCUCUGCCCCUCCUUCAGCACACCUGCCUGGAGAGGCUGCCCAGCUGGGAGAGAGGUGCCCGUUGGUGUGUUUUCUCGGGUUCUCCCCGUCGGCUUGCUUCCUUUAUUGGAGUUGCAUUGGAUGAGGGCGGCCCAUGGGAGGGAGCAAUGCAGCCCCUUGCUGGCACGGGCAUGUGCAUGCAUUUGGUCAGUCAAGGGGGGAAGUCUGUCCCACCGUCCCUCACAUUUACUUGAGGACCCUCUGAGCAGGGCCUGGGGGAAAGCUGGCUGGCUGGUGGCAGCAGCUGCUGCAGAAUCUGUCCUGGCUCCCAUGAGUGGCAGCCACUGUGGCCAGUAAAACUGUUACCUGAGGAUGCUGCUGCUGCUGCUGCUGCACUGGGGUGGGGGGUCUCAGUCCCUCAGGCCAGCUUUGGUUCUCUGCGCUAGGGGAGGGGCAGCAGGGGGCAUCCUCCAUGCAGCUUCCCGGCAAUAUGAAUGUAUAUUUCUAAGGACUGACAAGAGAUCAUGAUACCUGAGAAUACGAAGACUCAAACCUUUAAGGUGUUUAUUUUUUUAAAGGAAAAGCGGGUCAUUGCAAAGGGCUGGGUCUGAUCAUCUCUUCCCUUUCCUCCAUUGCAAAGCAAUACCAGGUUCUUUGCGCCGAAUCGUGUCGUUUGCCCCUUGACUGCUGGUCCACCCCCCUCUCACACACCUGCAAGGUUUUAUAACUAUAAAUAUGGUAUAUAUAGGAACUAAUAUUGUAACGCACCGUGUCUUGAAGCCUGGCUUUGAAUUCUCUUUAACACUAUAAAUAAGGGUUGUGUUGCAGUUGCUCAAAAGGCAGGGCACCCAGCUAGCCAAGGCCCUUCUGGGGCCAGCCGGAGGGGGCAGAUGCUCUGUUUGGGCCUCCUUUGGCUAGGAAUUCUCCUGGCUUUUCAGUGUUACCAGUACUUGUACAACUUGUUUCUCUCUUUCCUUUUGGGUUUCUUGUUGGGGUGCCACAACUGUGUCAUGUGCUUUCCUAGUAUCUGGACCAGGUACUGCUGCUUUGCCUCUCAGCCAAGAACUGUACUCGUGGUGUUCCUUUGAUUCAAUGUCCGUAGUGAAUAAUCGUUCCAAGCCGUGCAAGUGCUCUACUGCAAACACAGGAUUCUGUUCCAAACAAAAUGCAACUUAUCAUGUCAGAUCAAUCUUUAAUUUCGUUUUCCUUUUCUUCUUGUGUUCUUCCAAACUGUUUGGAUUUUUUUUCAAGAGGAAAUGUGUCUCGAGCGCGUCAGUGUUAAUUCCCUGCCACGCCAGGGAUGAAGGAAGUACUUUCAAUGGUUCAAGAAAUGACUGAAUGUAAAAAUAAGUGUAUAUAGUUGUAAAAAAAAGGAGUUUUUAAACAUGUUUAUUUUCUAUGCACUUUUUUAUUUAAGUGAUAGUUUAAUUAAUAAACAUGUCAAGUUUAUUGCUUCA